CCAAAUUUGUCAACACGCCAUAAAAGUUCGUAGCAUUGGUACGAUUCGAACGAGUUUUAUUCGUUUCUAAUACUUUAAAUGUACAUAUUUAUUUCGUAUAAAAAAUUGAUUUAUCAAUUAAAUUUUUAACAUGAGUGAAAAUGAUUAUGAUGAAUUACGCAAAAGAAAUAUAGCCGAAAGAAAUGCCGUCUUUGCAGAAUUCUUUAAAGAUCUUAAAAAACAAAAAGACGAAGUAAAAGAAUUGGAUAGAAAAUAUAAAGAUGUAGAAAAUUCAGAGAAUGAACCACCUAAAAAAAGACGUAAAACUAUUUCUAAUUCUAUUGAUAAUACUGUUAGAAUUAAGAAUGUAAAACUUGAAUUUCGUAAAAGAUAUAACACUAGAAGUAGAACAAGGAAUCAAAUUAAACACAAUAUUUUAGAAUAUGAGGAAGAUUUAAUUAAAUCCAGAAACAAUAAACCUAAAUUGCAAGUUUUAUUUCCAUGGGCAAAACCUUUUCAACGAUCGAUUGAUUUAAUGAAAAUAGGAGUUUGCGAUGUAGACGAAGAGGAAGAACAGUAUAAUACUGAUGAUUCGUAUGACAUAACUAAAAAACGAGUUUAUAAUGUAAAUAAAAGUCCAUAUGAUCCUGAUAAUAUACCAUCCGUUGAUGAAAUUACGGAUGAAAUGUUAAAUAAUAUUGCGGAAAAAAGUUCUUCGAAACAAUAUUGUAAAAUAAAUGGAACUUGUUGUCAUCAGUGCAGACAGAAAACAUUAGAUACAAAAACGGUAUGUCGUUCAGGAGAAUGUGUCGGACUAAGAGGCCAAUUUUGCGGACCUUGUUUAAAAGGACGAUAUGGUGAAAAUGCCGUUGACGCAUUGAAGGAUCCUAAUUGGACUUGUCCACCUUGUCGCGGUUUAUGUAAUUGCAGUAUAUGUAGAACAAGAAAUGGUUUACCUCCUACUGGAAUUUUAGCUCCUCUGGCACAAGAAGAAGGAUAUUCGUCUGUUAUGGAUUAUCUUCAAUCUGCUGAAAUCAAUGAUACUUAACUUCAUUACUAAGAAAUUUACAUUUAGAAGAUAAUAAAAUUCAUUCUUAAUAAAUAUUUUUUAUUAGGAAAUGUAUAACAUUAAAUUACUCAUAUUGUAUAUGAAAUUUUUUUAUAAGCAUAUUAAAAUUA